CGACGCCGGGCCCGGCCAGUACCUGCAGCGCAGCAUCGUGCCCACCAUGCACUACCAGGACAGCCUGCCCAGGCUGCCUAUUCCCAAACUUGAAGACACCAUUAGGCGAUACCUCAGUGCACAGAAACCACUCUUGGAUGACAGCCAGUUCAGGAAAACAGAACAAUUGUGCAAGAGUUUUGAAAAUGGAAUUGGCAGAGAACUGCACAAGCAGCUGGUUGCUCAGGACAAACAGAAUAAACACACAAGCUACAUUUCAGCUCCCUGGUUUGAUAUGUACUUAACUGCUCGAGACUCCAUUGUCCUAAACUUUAAUCCAUUUAUGGCAUUCAAUCCUGACCCAAAAUCCGAGUAUAAUGACCAGCUCACGCGGGCAACCAACAUGACUGUUUCUGCCAUCAGGUUUCUGAAGACACUCCGAGCUGGCCUUCUGGAGCCAGAAGUGUUCCACUUGAAUCCUGCCAAAAGUGACACUAACACUUUCAAGAGACUCGUACGCUUUGUGCCUUCCUCUCUGUCCUGGUAUGGUGCCUACUUAGUCAAUGCAUAUCCCCUAGACAUGUCCCAGUAUUUUCGGCUUUUCAAUUCAACUCGUGUUCCCAAACCCAGCCGGGAUGAACUCUUUACCGAAUGCGAGGCCAGACACCUCCUGGUCCUGAGGAAAGGACAUUGUUAUGUCUUUGAUGUCCUGGAUCAAGAUGACAACAUUGUGAGCGCCUCAGAAAUCCAAGCCCAUCUGAAGUACAUUCUCUCAGACCACAGCCCCGCCCCCGAGUUUCCUCUGGCAUAUCUGACCAGUGAGAACCGAAAUGUCUGGGCAGAGCUCAGGCAGAAGCUGGUGAGGAGUGGCAAUGAGGAGACCCUGAGGAAGGUGGACUCUGCUGUGUUCUGCCUUUGCCUAGAUGACUUCCCCAUUAAGGACCUCGUUCACCUGUCCCACAACAUGCUGCACGGUGAUGGCACAAACCGCUGGUUUGAUAAAUCCUUUAACCUCAUCAUAGCCAAGGAUGGUACCGCUGCUGUCAACUUUGAGCAUGCUUGGGGUGAUGGAGUUGCGAUGCUCAGGUUUUUUAACGAAGUCUUUAAAGACAGCACUCAGAUGCCUGCUGUCACUCCCCAGAGCCAGCCGGCCACCAUUGACUCUUCUGUUGCUGUGCAGAAACUCACCUUCAAGCUGAAUGACGCCUUAAAGACUAGCAUCACCGCUGCUAAGGAAAAGUUUGAUGCCACCAUGAAAACGCUUACUAUUGACUGCAUCCAGUUUCAAAGAGGAGGCAAAGAAUUCUUGAAGAAGCAGAAGCUGAGCCCUGAUGCAGUGGCCCAACUGGCCUUCCAGAUGGCCUUCCUGCGGCAGUAUGGGCAGACAGUGGCCACCUACGAGUCCUGCAGCACGGCGGCAUUCAAGCAUGGCCGCACCGAGACCAUCCGCCCGGCCUCCAUCUUCACAAAGAGGUGCUCCGAGGCCUUUGUCAGGGAGCCCUCCAAGCACAGUGCUGGCGAGCUUCAGCAGAUGAUGGCUGAGUGUUCCAAGUACCACGGCCAGCUGACCAAAGAAGCAGCAAUGGGCCAGGGCUUUGACCGACACUUGUUUGCUCUGCGGUACCUGGCAGCAGCCAAAGGGAUCACCCUGCCAGAACUCUACCUGGACCCUGCGUACGAGCAGAUCAACCACAACAUCCUGUCCACGAGCACGCUGAGCAGCCCAGCAGUGAACCUUGGGGGCUUUGCCCCCGUGGUCCCUGAUGGCUUUGGCAUCGGGUAUGCUGUUCAUGAUGACUGGAUAGGCUGCAAUGUCUCUUCCUACCCAGGCCGCAACGCCCGGGAGUUUCUCCAGUGUGUGGAGAAGGCCUUAGAAGACAUGUUCGAUGCCUUAGAAGGCAAAUCCGUCAAAACUUAGCUUCUGGGUGGAUGAAAAGCCACCAUCACUUCCUCACUGUGAAACUGGGGCCUGUAAAGCCAGUAGGUGCUAUUCAGUGGCUAACAAAACUAAUCAUGAUGCCCUGAGCAGCCAGUGCUGUGGGCGUGAGCUUUAAAAUCAUGAUUUUAAAAUGAAACAUGCAAUUUCUGAGUAUGACUAGAUCACAAUAAAGAUAACGAGAGAUUGCAGUUUUAAGGACAUUUGAUCAGGAAGUAAGGUUUGGAAAAAUAACUCAGGUGUAUUUAUUGUUAAAGCAGAAAUAAAAUGUAACUUUUGCUUGAA